UGGCCGUCUUAUUGCUCCUCACCCCCCCCCCUCCACUGCCCUUUUCCUUUCUACCUCACGUGGCUGCAGAGUUCAAAUCCCAGCGCUGUCCCUCCUAAAGGCUGCGCCCAAGCACACGGACCCCCGCGCUCACUCGCUCGCUCACGCCACACUCACUCCAGCAUGCUCUGCCGGGACGUGUGUGCGCUCCUGGGCUACGCAGCCCUUCUCGUUGAAGCAUUUCCUUCAGCCAGCAUCAGGAUAACACAAGCCCUCCCUCUGCAGCUGACCGAGCUCCAGCCGCCAGCGUCCUGCCCGCUCUUCUGGACCGAGUUUGAGGGUCACUGCUAUCGUUUCUUCCCCACCAACAUGACCUGGGCAGAGGCAGACCUUUACUGCGCAGAAUUCUCCAAUGGCUUCAAGUCGGCCAAGCUCACCUCAAUACACAGCUGGCAGGAGAACGUUUUUGUCUAUGACUUAGUCAACAGCCGAGUUCCUGGGAUUCCCACCGAUAUCUGGAUCGGACUUCACGAUAGGAGGCAGGAGGGCGUCUUCGAGUGGACCGACGGCACUCCGUACGCCUACAGUUAUUGGGACGGGAACCAACCAGACGACGAAAUCCACAGCAUCCCCGGAAAGGAAGACUGCGUGGAGAUUUGGUUCCGCCAGAGCAGUGCCCUGCGCUCCUGGAACGAUAACAGCUGUGACAAGACCUUCCCAUUUGUGUGCAAGAUGCCCACCCAAGCAAACUGACCGGCCAGCAGUGUGGCAGACACAUCACCGAGCAUCAAGUGUGCAGGACCCCCCACACCCCACUGCAGGCUCCCAUUCAGAAGUAAAGAGACAUCGGAGCGGUGGGGGUCUCCAUGCUGGGGUCCUGGCUCGUCGUCCACAAUGGGGGCUCCUCACUCCAAUCUGGUUUUGUUUCACGCUUCCCGAGGGGGUCUCUACCCUUUUAUCCAUUAAAGAAUAUUUUUCCCAUUUGGUGGUCCUGUUGAUUUUACUCGUCUAGAUGUGAAUUAUCUCGCCUCGUUAUUUCUUUGAGACGCGACGGAUUUCUUCUCAUUGGUGUUACUUCGCCGUCAUCACGUAAGUGAAGAUGUGCUGCUCACGUUCUUCCUGCGAGCUUCUCGUUGUUGUCGACGACGUUCAUCGCCAGACCCGCGACCGAUGGCGGCACUGCCCUAAGUUAAGAUGGCGCCACAGUAACGUGGGCGACAGGUUUGCCUUCCCACAGCGGGACCCGACUCCAUUUUGGUCCGAGGUGCUGAGCGGACGGUCCGCUCACUGAUGAACGUCUGGAGAAAAUUCUAGAAAAGUAAAUGUUACAUAAAGUUAUUCAACUGUUAGAAUUCAUCAUUGGUGUUAUCGUUACAGUCAGAGCAGAGGGAUGUGCGGGACGCACAGUUUUCUCGUUUCCGUUAGUUUUUUUUCCAACUGAGUUUCGUAACAAAUCAGUGCGGACAGCUUGUAGGGCGUCAGUGCGAUUUGAUGUCUGAUUGGACGGCUGCCCCUUCCUUUGUUUUCGUGUGUUCAGGUCAGCGACGUCUUCGGCUCGUUCCUUGCUGGUGGGUGUGUGUCUGUGAAUUGCCCACAGUAGACUCCGGUGGUGGACCUCCUGAGCUCCCCUCCAUUGAGGGGGCUGUCACUUUCUAUUAUAGCUCAGUGUCCAGGCCUGUCACUACACCGUAGUGGUUAAGACAAGGGUUGGGUCAGGUGAUCAUCUCCAGCCCCCCACGACUUGAGAGACCACACAGACGUGGCUGGCCGUUGGUGCCCGAUAUGCUGACAGAGCAGCUCUGUACCCACGUGUACCCAUUUGUGCCCCUCACUUUCUAGGUGCUGAUCGAGCGAGGGUCGAUUCACUCAUCAUCUCCGUCUAGUCUCCAUCUCCCGAUGUUCUUGGGUUGUUCAUCGACUCCAGCAGACCACCUUAACAUCUGCGGUCUGAAAGUCAGCUGGUCAGCUCACAUGCUUUGGAGGAGGCGGCCCACUUGGCCCUCAACUUCCCCAAUGUAAUCCUCAACUAUGUGAGCUUCAAGUCGGUGGUCUCGACCAUCAGAGGUCCAGCAUGUCCGUGUGGUCUUACAGCUGUGCUACAAAUGGACGGGGCCUUCUCUAAAAAACACAGAAUGUUCUUCAAAAACAAUUCAACACGAAGAAGAAUCGGGCACUAAAGCCUGCUGGGACUCCCACCUCAGUGAGCCCCGGGUAGCAGUCGAUCCUGGGCACACGAUGGCCACUUCACACAGGUGGGCUACACUCAGCGGGCAGUGCUCAGUGGUGGCAUCACCUGGGGACACAAAGAUCAGCAGGAAGUCCAUCUCAACGAGUGGGGCGGAAAUAAAGAAAAUGACAAGUCAGCGGCACCUACUGUGCCAGUCUGUCAUAUGGAGAGCCUUCCACUGUUUCAGGUUAUUUAUUACGUGACGCCUCACACGUCUGUCAUGAAGUGCUUUUCACGUCCCUCUGUUUCUAUUGUGCCUUUGACUUCUGUAGUGUGUACUGGAGGGUCUUCACAUCUCUCACCCCCUCUUAGUCUUUCUGUCAUGUGGCGCUGCUCCCUCACUCUGACAAAUGGAUAGAUAGACAGAAUGAAAGGCACGAUAUGAUAGAUAGAUAAGAUAGAUAGAUA